UAGGCAUCUAUAUCUCUCUUUCCUCCUGGUUUCGACGAAGGCAGUUUCUAUUUUCCAUUUUUUCAACCUGGAAAAGACGGAGGACACCAUUCAAAAUGGUGAAGAUUAUGAAAAGUGGUAAAGUCGUACUGGUCCUUAGUGGCCGGUAUGCUGGAAGAAAAGCUAUUGUAAUGCGUACUUUUGAUGAUGGUACUACAGACAAGCAGUAUGGACAUGCUAUGGUUGCUGGUAUCGAUAGAUACCCACGCAAAGUCCAUAAAAGAAUGGGAAAAGGAAAAUUACACAAACGUUCUAAGAUUAAGCCUUUUGUAAAAGUUUUAAAUUAUAAUCAUUUAAUGCCUACAAGAUAUACAGUACCAGAACUACAGUUAGAUAAAGUAGCUCCUAAAGAUCUUAAGGAUCCGAUGAAACGAAAGAAGGCAAGAUUCCAAAUCCGUGUUAAAUUUGAAGAAAGGUACAAAUCUGGCAAAAAUAAAUGGUUCUUCCAAAAAUUAAGAUUCUAAUCUUUUCAAAUAAAUACUUAUAUUCAAAAUA